AUGUACGUACAGUCGCUCCUUGCUAUUUUCUGCCUUUUAAUGGGUAGCUACUCUCAAGAGACUGGCAAACAACCAGAGGAAGAUGUGGCAAACUUCGAAGAUCAAGAUUUAACAAAGAUGCUUGACGUCACUGGAAAACACUGGGUCAAGAGAAGGACACACGAAGUGACGUCACCAUAUGGAGAUCCAAAAUGUGAAUACGCUCGAAUUUUUGGUAGUGCUGAUGGCGCGGGAGAAAAAACAUACACUUUAGUACUUGGAGCCAGAUUUGGAAAAACGUGGGUAACCAGAAACCAAACUUUGGUUUUAACGAAUUCCGGCGGUCAUCCUAAACCAAACGUGAUGAAGUUUGUACGGAACAGAGUUGAUGGUCUACAAGAACACAAGCUUCUCUACUCUAACUACGAGGACUGUUCAAUUAUAAGAAUAACGAAAAAAGGUGGAGGACUCUUCUGUGACCUGCUACUGUUAGAAAGUGCUGCAAGCUCGGAUCCGCCAACUCCUUGCAAAGAAAAGUUUGAAAAAUAUUGCGCAGGAAAUAAGAUUGAAGUUUACACUCCUGAUUGUACAACCUAA